AUGGUGCUCGAGGCGGGUCAUAUACCGUCAAUAUUUAGAGAACUCAACUCGAAUUAUAAGAUAAUGAUUAUGAGUAUUAUUUGUCCUAGUUUGAACAUCAAUCCAAUCGCCAAGGAUUCGUUGCUUUUUGAAUCAUUUAACUUGCAAAGUUAUUUUUAUGAAUAA